AUGGAGGCAGCUUUGCAGGAGCUGCAGCGGAUUGUUGGCGAGCAGGCGGCCCAGAUUCAGAGGCUGACCGAGGGCGCCCAGAGACCAGAAGCUCAAGCCGAGGACAGACGGCUCGAGAGCAUAGUUGACACGAAGAUCCUGAGUAGUAUUGGAGUCUUCUCAGGCGCGGACGAGGAAUGGAGGCAGUGGUGUUUCGUGUUCGAGUCGACGGCAGGGCUCGUCGACCUGGAGCAGAUCAUGACGCACUGCGAGAACACGGACGAGACCGAGCUAGGCUGGGCAACUCAAUCGGAGAGAGUCCAACUGAGGAUGAAGGUGCUGUAUCACUUGCUGAUCGCCACGACGAGAGGCAAGGCUCUCACGAUCCUCCAGAUGGUGCCAAAGAACAACGGUGCCAUAGGUUGGAAGAGGUUGAAGGACGAGUACGAGCCGACGUCUGGCGGAAGACUGACGGCGAUGCUGAUGGGCGUGCUCAAGCCUGAGUGGGAGACGGCCAUCAGGGGCGGCAUCCGCACUUGGGAGGCAGCCUGGAAGGAGUGGGAGAAGAGUGUCUCGCUCUACGAAGCACAGUCCUUGGAGAAGGUCACGGAAGGCACGAGGAUCGCCGUCGUGGUCAGAUGGGCUCCAGAGGACGUGAAGGCCGUGGUCCGUCAAGCUCUGGGGGCGAUCGGCCAGGACUACCACAAGGUGGCCAAGGAUGUCACGGACUACAUUGCUAGUGGCAAGGUCUACGAGACCACUGGAGCGCCCCACGGCAUCCAGUACGACGGACCCAUGCCCAUGGACGUCGGGAUGGUGAAUGAGAGUGGAGACGUGGGUGGCAUCUUCAAACCUCCGAAGGGGUACGGCAAGCAGGCGAGGAAGGACGCUGGCAAGGGUCGGGACUCGGAUCGCGACACCUGCAAGAACUGUGGCAAACGAGGCCAUUGGUCAAGGGACUGUUGGGCCCCAGGGGGUGGAGCAGCCAGCCAGAUGAAAGGCAAGGGUAAGGAUGCGAAAGGCGGCAAAGGAGGCAAAGAGAGGAAGAAGUGCGACAAAUGCGGGAAGCCAGGCCACGAGGCCAAGGAUUGCAGGUCACACAUCAAGUGCGACAAGUGCGGGAAGCUGGGCCACAAAGCUUCAGAGUGCAGGUCGAAGCCCGAGAAUGCUGAGGUCAAGAGGAUAGUCAACGAGCAGGACGAGCUGUGGGUCAUGUGCGUCACCGAGAGCGUGAACACCAUUGACGACGGCAGCAAGUACGUGUGGGUCUCGAUCGACAGCGGGUCGGACGCCGAUGGCGAUGACGUCGAGGAUCCCACUAAGGUGGAGCUGAGGGCGGCCACCAACGACGAGAUCCAGGACUACGGUGAGCGGAACGUCGGCAUCGCGUUCCUGGACGAGAUUGGCCACGAGGUGAUGGCCACGAACCGAUUGCGCAUCGGUGACUUCAGCAAGCUUGUGCUCAGCUGUGGCCUCAGAGUCAUGAGAGGAGCGGUCAUUCUUCUGGAUACGGGGAACAGCUACAUGGCCCCGCCGAGCGUGAAUGGCGUUCAGAGGAAUAUACCCUUGACAAUGAUCGGGAAGAGCUUCUACGCAAGGUGUCGAGUGCUGGAGGCGGGUGCUCGCAGGCAUCGGGUGGCACCUGUGAUCGACCAAGCGGCUCAAGAGCAAGAGCCAGCGCCAGCACCUCUGCCAGAACCUCAAGCCGCACCUGCACCACCAGAACCUCAAGCCGCACCUGCACCACCAAAGGCAGGACAUCCACGAGAUAUCCUGGGCUCCCAGUCGUCAGUCGAGGCGUUGAGGGCACGCCUGAAGGAGCUCAGGAGGCCUGGGAUCAUCGAUGCGGCCAUCUACGGCACCAAGAGGCAGCUGUGGGAGAGGCUCGUCAAGUGCGAGCACCAGCUGGAUGAGAAGAUGAAGGUCAAGGAGGCCCUUGAGGAGCGCCAACGGCGACUCCAGGAAGGCGUCGCUCCCGAGGUACCGAGGACGCUGAAGAUCCCAGAGAGGCCAGACGCGGAGACCGUGAGGCAGCACGAGCUCACUCACGCGAAGUUCGAGCCUUGGUGCCUGGAGUGCGUGUUCGGAAAGGGAGAUGCUGCGCCCCAUCGGGGAGUUCAGUUUCUUACGGACAAGGAGCCAGAGGUGCCUGUCGUGCAGAUCGACUACCAUUUCUUGAAGGACGACGGCGAAGAGACCGAGGAUGUGGCCAACCGCUUCUCCACCACGCUGGCCGUCAUCGACUGCGACACGGGUUUUCCUCUACAGCUCAGCCUCCCAGGGAAGGGAGGCAACCAUGACUACACGGUGACCUCGAUCGUGAGCUUCCUCAGGAGGCUAGGCGCCACUCAGCUCAGGCUCAGGAGUGACGGAGAGCCGAGCAUUGCCAGCAUAGCGAACGCAGUGGCGGCCAAGAGACUCAAGUUCGACGGCUACAAGGUCACAGUGGAGCAGACCCCCAGGUACUCGUCGCAGUCGCUCGGGGCCGUGGGGGCGCAGCAGAAGAUCCUUCAAGGCCAGGCCAGAACGAUCAGAGCUGCAACAGAGAAGAUGCUUGGUAUCAAGAUAGGGCCAGGUCAUGUUCUAUGGCCGUGGCUUGUUAGACACGUAGGCUUCAUCACGGAGAUGUUCCACAUCAAGUCAAAUGGACGGACUCCUCAUCAAGAUGCGACUGGUACCAAGUACCAUGGCGUCGUCCUGAAGUUCGCAGAGACCGCCGUGUUCAAGCAUCCGAUGUCGUCGAGUGGCCACAUGACUGGAGGCAGGCGCAGUCGCAAGUCCAAGUCGAUGUGGGAGAAGGGCAUCUUCUUGGGCAAGACCUACGAGAGCGAUGAGUUCCCCAUGGGGACGAGCAGCGGGGUGCACUUGGUCAGGGCCGUGCGCAGGCUCCCAGAGGAGGACCAAUGCGACCUCGAGCUCGUGGCCAAGAUGGUUGGGGUCCCCUGGGGCCGAGGCAUCGGCCAGAUCGGAAGGCCGAAAGGCAAGAGGGUGGUCAUUUUCCCGACUGCCCCACCUGAGAAGGAGCAGGAGGAGACCGAGGUCGACGACACCAAGGAGGAGAAAGGGGGUCCAGACCCCACGGUGGAGAGGGGAGUUGCCGAGGACGGGAACAGCUACGCGAGUGCCAGGAGCAGGACGGGCAGUGGCUACAUGGAGGACGUGGCGCUCCCCACACCGAGGCAAGAGGUAGGCGGAAGCUCGUCAUCACGUCCUGCACAACCGACUGGGGAGCCAGAAGUCCCAGAGGUUGAGAUGGGCACCGUCGGAGGCGUCGACGGCUUCGUGAUGGGCGAGAUCGACCCGAUGCCCGUCAUGGAUCCAGAGAUGGACAUCGACUGGCAUGAGGGAGAGUACGACGUAGACCUCAUCAAGGCAGGCAAUUGCAAGGAGAUCAACACGAUGCAGGAGUUUGGAGUGUUCGAGGCUGUGUCGCCUGAUGAUAUAGAUUCCACAUGGACGAGGUUGUCAACCAAAUGGGUGUACCAGGAGAAGGGCGAUGAGAUUCGCUGUCGCUUCGUUGCCAGGGAGUUCAAGAGCACGGACCCCGAACGCGAGGGGCUGCUCACGCCGGCCAGCGAACCCACGACUGGCAGGCUCGUAGACUUCAAGGCGGUGAAGCGGGACCAGCCCACCGUCAUCAUCGACGCUGUCAAUGCCUACUUCCAUGCUGAACAAGACAGGCUCGUGGCAGUGGCGCCGCCUCGGGAGUGGAUUGAGGCCGAGGCAAUCAAGGGCCACACCACGAGGACGAUGUGGAGGAUGAAGAAGAAGCUCUAUGGCGAGAGGGGUGCGAGCAGGGGCUUCAGUGACUUCAUGAACCGCACCCUCGUCUCGGAGAUGGAAUUUGAGCAGUGCCCUGACCAGCCAUGCUUCUAUCGCCGAGAGCGGGAUUCAGUGGACCUGGAGCUUCAUCAGGAUGACAUCUACGCGACCGCUGACGACAUCAAGUUCCAGGUAUUCACGACAGAGCUCAGCAGCAAGGUCAAUAUCAAGGUAAGCAAGUUACUCAAGGUAGGUGCGAAGUACCAACACCUGAAAGGAGGGCGAGUGAGAGUCGAGGAUGGCAUGUUCUUGACGGGCAACAGGAAGUACGUGGACAAGAUCAUAGAGCUGCUGAACCUCGGCAAGGCAAAGAGCUCGCCCACGCCCAUUGUGACGAAGCUACUGCAAGAGGACUUCGAGCACCCUCUGAACGCCGAGGAGACCAGUCUCUACAGGCAGUGUGUGGGCAUCGCGAGGUACAUGGUCAACUACGUCACGGAGGUCACGUUCGCUGUCCACGUGCUGAUCAAGAGGUUGGCCACGCCCACCGACAACGACAUGAAGAGGCUCAAGCACCUCGGCAGGUAUCUACUUGGAGAAGCAGAGUACUACGCGUUUGUGACAGCAGCUACCGAGGCGAUCCACCUCCAGAGCGUGAUGGGUUUCCUGGACAUGAACGUGAAGAUCAGGAUCCGCAUAGACUCCUCUGCGGGAAAGGCGGUCUGCCACCGCGUUGGAGUAGGGAGGAUCCGCCACCUUGAGGUCCGCACCCUGUGGCUCCAGACCAAGGUGCGAGACAAGAAGCUUGCGGUGGUCAAGCAGGCUGGGGAGACCAACCUGGCCGACGUAGGUACCAAGGCGCUGACGAGUCAGAGGUUCCACUGGCUGGGGGCGCAGCUGGGGCGUCGGCCGUUGGCAGGCGCAGAUGACAUGGAGGAGAGCACGGCUGUUCGGGUCAACCUCGUGAGCGACUCGACGCCCAAGAUGGCGAGGGUCGGCGCGGCCCUGAUCGCUCUCCUGGACAGCCUGGGCUCGGUGAAGGCAGACGGUGAGCGCGACGUCCACGGCUACGAGAAGGACAAGAAGGAUAUCAUCCUGCAGGACACCCGUCUAGGGAAGGGCGUGCACCUCCAGGGUAUGAUGCUCAUCGUGGUCAUGAUCACCAUGAUGAUCGUGGCAUGCGCAGUCGGUGGCUGUGCUGGCUGGUGCAUCGGCUACUUCAUGAGGCCGAGCCGCACGGGCGAGAGCAGACAGGAGAAGGAGAAGGUAGAGCUCUCCCAGAGGGCCAUCAAGACCAAGAAGGUGAAGAUCGAGUACAGGACCGUCUCGACCCAGAGCCAGGUGACGUACUCCCGGUACCGGGAGAGUCCUAGGCCAAUCCGCAUCCUGGGCCAUACCUCAGAUUCACCAGUCAUGGAAAUAAGUGGCUCCGACGUCUUCAUCGAUGGGGACAUGCACCCACGCAGUGGCCGUUCCGUGAUCAAGGUGACGAUCGGCGCCAGGGAGUGGAAGAGCACCGAGCGGUCUUGCAUCGAUCGCAUGUGCGUGAAAGCGCACCUCCCAGCCCGUCGUGGCAUUCUGAUCGCACAGUAUAACCCACAGAGUGCGAAUCGCGAGAGGAGCCUGGACAUAAUUUAUGAGUUGAGCAACUUCGACCUCGUGGGCCUCAUAGGUGACACGUACUACGGCACCGAGACAUCCAAAGUGAUCGACUUUAUUUUUAUACCCCAGACGUGGGUACACGAAGCCAACCGUGUCUUGAUGGCGGCAGUGAAUGAAGCCGGCGCUAUUUUUUGCUGCAAGUCCCCGCUCUACACAGAAGAUCACACGCGUCAUGCCAGAGAAGUGAAGGCGCUGCUUGAGCAACGCCGCACCGUCAGGCACAAGUUUGAUUUCGGGUAUGAGGAGGUGGAGGGGGAGGACUUGGUGAGCAAGGAGCUUCGGUUGACAUUGCAGAUCAGGAGGAUAAGCAGAUGGUUGAGGAGGAGGAAGCAGGAGUAUUGGGAGCAGAUCAAGACUGAUAGGUGUCUCAAUCAAGCGGCCAUCAAAGUGCUGCAUCCUGAGGGCGUGGUGAUCACGUUAGACAGAAUCAAGUAUAGUCACUUUACGUUCGUAUUCGAUACCAAGGGUGAGGAGGAGGACGAGGUGGUUUUUACUAUGGGGGAAGGAUGUAUGCCUGGGGACCCUGUUAUGGUGUAUCUGUUCGUGAUGGCGUACGUUUUUAAGCUGCAGAGGUUUUUCGAUGCGAAAGCACGCCCGUGGGUUAUUGCGACAUGCCCCAGUUCGGGCGAGGCCGUGCAGGCCGCAGCGUCUUUGUUUGUGGAUGACCUGGCUGGCGCCGCACCGUUCCCCGACAUGCAAGAAGGCCUGAUAUUCAGUGAAAAGCAGAACUCCGAGAUCUCGUCCAUGUUGGGCUCCAUGGGGCUGGUUCAGAAUGUCUCGAAGCAACUGGUGUACCAGCUGGAGAGUCGCGUGCGCAGUCUAGAGUAUCAGAACUCGAUUCAGAUGUUCUUCCCGAAGGAGCAUGCGCUCGUGGAGAAGGGACAAACAGCGUACAAUACGUACCUCGACAAGGUCGAGGCUGCAGGCAAGGGCCACAGCCACGGCCCGCCAGAGGUGCAAGUAUUUGGCAGCAUUCUGACAUAUAUAGACAACUUCUUGAAUCAGGGCGACUGCCCACUGGAAGUUCGCAAGUAUCUGGGAAUCAGCCAGAGGAUCAAAGACAUGCUCUCCAAGGGAACCCCAGAGGAGGCCUCGUUGUGGAUCCACGAGUUCGGGUUUUCCCCCACGUUCGACUCGAAAAUCCUGAGGUGCACCUUCGAGCUCCGAGGCCACAUCCUGGUGGCAAAGAACGUGGAGGGCGCAAAGGAGCUAAACAAGCAGCCGGCAGAGGCGUGGGGAGGGGCACCGUCGGACGUGGAGUGGGAAAAGGUCCUGCAGCGAAACCCUCUUGAGAUCCCUGUGAAUGAGACCAACAAGCUUGUAGAUUUGAUGGCGGUCCUGGAGACAAAGAGCCAGAUCGACCAGAUGACGCAGUUCAUCAUGAACGAGGCCAAGGACAGGGCCGAGGAGAUCACGACGAAGGCGUUGCAGGAUUUCGGUGUCGAGAAGCUGAAGGUGGUGAACUCCACCAAGGAGAAGAUCCUGCAGGAGUACGCCCGCAAGGCCAAGCAGCUCGAGACGCAGAAGGCCAUCCAUCGCUCCACUGAGAUCAACAAGUCGCGGCUAGAGAAGAUCAGGACACGCCAGGAGAUGCUCGGGAAGCUGUCGGACGACAGCAAGGUCGCGCUGGCGGAGCAGCUGAAGGGCGAGGCCAAGGCCAAGGAGUUCACCACGAACCUGAUCACGCAGGGCCUCCUGAUGCUCCUGGAGGACGAAGUUAUGGUCCGGUGCCGGGAGUGCGACACCAAAAUGGUCGAGGGUUGCCUGAAGGACGCGGAGGCAAAGUACGCGCAGGUUGUGAAGGAGAAGUCUGGUGCUGUGAAGGCAUGCAAGUUGACGUUGGACAAGGUCACGAAGCUGCCUCCGCCGCCCAGCGACGCCGAGCACGGCCGGUCCUGCCUCGGGGGAGUGGUGCUGGCGUGCAAGGGCGACAAGAUCACAAUCGACAACACCAUCGACUCGCGGCUCGCUCUUGUGCUGGAGCAGGCGAAGCCCACCAUCAGGAAGUACCUCUUUGACAGGUAA